AUGUUUGAUCCUUCUAUGUACGCCAGCUUCACCCCUCCCAUGCAACAGCAAGUUCGCCAACCGCCCCGCCAUCACUCAAUCGCCACUUCUCGCGUCGUUUCAACUGCGACUAGCACGCCACCACCCCCCAGGCCCCAGGUCACAGGAAACAUGGUCAAAGCGCAGCCGGCUUUCAAGCCCACGUGGCAGGGAUUCCUAGACACAACCAAAGAUGCCAUGACCGUAGUAGAAGCAGCACUUCAAGGCCGCCUCAGCCAUAUUAGUCGCAGACCGCAUGACAAAGAGCGCGCAGAGAUGCUUACUUCUGGAACCGUAUUGGUGUACGAGGAGAACGCCUCUGGUAUCAAGCGAUGGACCGAUGCUGUCCACUGGUCCCCAAGUCGGGUUAUGAACAACUGCCUCAUCUACCGCCAGCUCGUGCGCGCGUUGAAGCCAGAGGAGAAGAAGUCGGCCCUGAACCCAUCGUGCGGAACCAAGAGGAAGCGGAAGGAAAACAAUGGCCCCGUUAGGUCCAAGACUGGCGAAGUGCUAGAAAACUCAGAAGACGAGUAUGAAAAUCCCUCGUUCGAUCCCUCGCUAUCCGGCGAUGUCGACUCCAUGAACAAGGUGUACGCCAACUUUGCCCAGAGCUUGACACCCGAUCAACAGCGACGUUUCUGCGGCUCUCUCAUCGAUAGCUACGAGUUCAAAGAGGGUGGUUUGAUGAAGAAGACCAUCUCAGUCAAGUACCAGGGCACUCAUCACCAUGUCAUUUCUUAUUACAGUCUGGAGGACGUCGUGAGCGGAAAGCUCAAGCGACCAUUCCAAGAUCCAAAGCUCGCCGACAUCCAGCCAAGACCCGAGCUUUUGAAUGGUUGGAAGGUUAGCCUUGAAGAUGAGGAGAGCAAGGACAUGCCCCUUGUAGCAGGAUACCCACACCACAUCCAGCCAAGUCAUGUGCAGCAUCAUGUUAUCGGAGCUGUAACUCAAUCGAUCGGUGCUCAGGUGGCUCUGCAGCAGCCGUUCACCACACCGCAAUUUCCCGCGGCUCCCCACCCUCACUCAUACUAUGUAACGGAUCAGAAGUACGUUCCAGAGCAGAAGUACUCAUCUAAUGCGCACCACGGAUAUUAG